UACAGUACACACAAACAACAGCAGAACGAAAACGUAAAAAGGAAAAAGGAAACGGAAUCAAGAAUCAAGACACCCAGAAAACUGAAGGUAGUGAGCGGAAUCCAAAUAAGACAACCUAUGACAACGUAACGUCGACAAACGAAGAGGACGAGUAAUAUAUUGAUGACCUUAUUACAAGAGCAUCAACAAUCAUAGAACCAACGAGAAGAGUGGAAAAGAGUACACAAACGCAAACAGGCCCAGCUGACCGACUCGGUCAUAGAUACAAUCGAAGCAACGUUUUGAAACACAAUACAUAAUGUCGCUGUUUAAGCUGGGUCAGGCUUUCCUAAGACAUCGAGCCCAUUCGACUCCAAACCUCUUAAAAUCUGCCAUCCAACCCCUUCGGUGCGUGUACAUGAGCAACAAUUUGGAGGUUCCGGCGCACUACGAAACUGCCUCAGAGCGCUUGUCAUCCGUGUUGGGAUGUUCUAAACAGGAUAGUUGUGCCAUCCUUAUGGAGUACCCUGAGAUCAAGAAGUGCGCCGGUCAACGUCUGCAUACCACUUGCAACUACUUGACCAAGAACUUGGGUGUCGAUAAGCAACUGAUCAUGUCCUUCCCUUGGCUGCUUCAAUUUAGCAAAAAAAUUUUGGAGGAGAAAGUAAAAUUACUUUCUUGCUUGACCAAGUGUGCGAUAAGUUCGACCGUUCCAUUGCUUCAAUUUGAUACUGAACAAUUGUGGAAACUAUUUUCCAACAAACUGGAAGACGAUCAAGCAUAUUUGCUUAAGAAAAAUUGCCAAGACACACAAGACAGAAUAACCUUUCUGGCCAACAACCUGCAGUGCUCAGAAUUAGAAGUGUGCAACCUGAUUUCAAAAUACAACUUCCUGAUGGCAGUUCCAAUUCAACGGCUGGAUGCAGUUUUUGAAUUAUUCCGAGAAUCCAAAAUUAGCUCAGCCGACUUGAUGAGAGACGCUUGGAUACUUCGUUACAAUCCAGAACAAAUCAAGGCCAGACUUGAAAUAAUCCAGGCAGUGGGAAUGGAUAAUGCAAAGCCUUGGCACACUAGGUCGCUGGAAAAAUCUUUCCAGAGGAGCCUGGAGGUACAUAUAAAAACUGAAGAGCUACUAGAAAAGUCAAAGACAAAACUUGAAUACAUCAAGAAUUUAUUGAAACUGGACUCGAUCGAAGGUUCUGUUGAUUUUGCUCGUAAGAAUCUUUUCUUGAUUCGGGCCGGUUCUGAAAGGUUAAAAAAUGCAUUUGAUACUUUGCUGAGCCUUGGAUACACUAUAGAUGAUAUUAAAGCAGUGCCAAGGAUGCUGGUUUGCAAUUGUGGAACGAUCACUUACCGAUUUGAGCUGUUGAAGGAGAUGCUAGGUGUUGACAAACCUAGCUUGAAUCUGAUUGUCUUGAGUAAUGACAAAUUUAACAGUUUCGUUAGAAAACUUGAGAUGCAAAAGUUGACAGAGGCUGCAUUACGACUGCCAUGUUAGCAUGUAUUUGAUUAAAAGUUUAAGGUUAACUUUA